AUGAAGGAUGCUGAGCUGGAAGUCUGUCUAAGACGCCUCAUCAAGUUGAAAGCGCCGAAGGUUUUUAUCUUGCUGAUUUUGGCCACAAGCUGGCUCUGCUUGGAACCUCCUGAUGCAGAAAUCCAAGUCCUGGAGCUCUUCGCAGGGCGGGCUCGAUUGGCUCGCCUGGCCAAAAGUCUAGGCAUACCAGCCCAUGCUCACGAUGUAACCUUUGACCCCGCCUCAAAAAAAAAGGUGGAAAAUCGGCAAUGGAUAUCAAUGAAUCUGGUGGCUACCUGUUUCCCAGCUAAUCACUUUGCAGCCUUGUGGUGUUUCAAAAUGACAUAA